AUGGGUGCAUACCAAAGAGUCAAGGUUAACUGGAAUUCAUCAGGACAAAUCGCCAAUCGUAUGCAAAUAUUUUCCGUUAAAGACUUGGAGCCAGUCGAGGCCUUCAACGCUCUGAAAAAGCUCCGACAAGAGAGUAUUGGGAGAGAAGAGCUGGAAUCAGAUCAGGUUCUCGUUAGAGCUGCCAAAACAUCAGGCGGACGACUGGCACAUUUAAACCGGUUGGCCCGAUCGAGGGAUAUUAAUCAUACAGUACAGAAUUUAAAGAACAAUGAAAAAUCCUGGCUAUUGUCAAACUUUGGGUUGAUUCCCGACUGUGAUGAUGAUGUCGAAGAAGAGGCAAAAUGGGCAAGCUGCACGUGGUUAUUGCUUCAAGAGUUCGUACGUCGCCGGGUUGAGAUGGAGAAACGACUUGAUCUCGAAAGCUCUGAGAGUGGAGGCCCCGCCAACGUUGAUCAUAUACCCGUUCCAAGUAUCCCGUAUUUCGAAUGCCGACGAAUCAUGACACGGGGAGACUUUUUAGCUCGGUUAGACCAGAUGAAUAUUAUCUCCAUUGAUGUACAUUACCAAGUUCGGCUAGACUCUAUGCUCACACUUGAAGCGGCCCGCGAAGUCGUGUCCGAACCUGAAUUUGAGCCUAUGCUAAAAGGCGUACUCACUCGCGUGGAUGAGCUUGAAAGCUUGGGGAGGACCCGCGAGCUCACGUUCAAGGAUGUUAAACCUGGAGAUCGUAUCAAAGUGGUGAUAGAUAAAACUGGUAGAAUUGAUAAAUGA